AUGAAGUUCUCAACUGGCUCGAGUUCGAGCAGUCUCGCCAGCGAUUCGCUGUCGAGGAAGUCCACUCUGUGCAUCUACACCGAGGUGGACGCAACGAUGCCACCUCCACCCUGCGAGAGGUCGAGUUUCGUGAUCGUGCGCCGUUCGGAGAGCUCCUCUGACUCGCCGCGGCGUCGCGCCAAGGCCGUCAAUUGUCUCGAUUAUCACACG